CAACACUGACGGAAGUGGCGUUGAUUUUCGCGCAAGGAAACUCGUCCUGCUCCUGGCGCGCCAAAUUUCAAAGCACUUCCUGGGGAAGAGGAGGCGAUAAGAUUUACCGCGGAGCACAAAUAAAAGACUUACGUAGCGUUUUACAAAACAUAUACCUUCAUAUUUUGGAAUGAAGACCAGCAGUCGAGCAACUGGCCACUACAUAUGCACUUUUAAUAUUUCAUCCACCUUUGCUGCAUCUUUAUAGUUUUAAUAAUUUUUUAGCAUGUCAUAUUUUAUUUUCUGGGCGUAAUAAUCUUUUAUAAGAGUCAUAUUUGAAAGUGUUUCUGAGAGGAGGAUCUUCAGCGGAGGAUGUUUAUCUCCGUGUGAUAUGAGAGCUGCUGUUUGCCAGCUGUGUUGAGGUUUUUCCUGCACAGUUAUUUGUGGGAUGUCAAAAUGUCUUCAGGUGUCCAGCCGUGUUUUCAGCUGUUGAGGAUUGGACUGUCUGACACAAACACUAGUAACGCUCAGGGAAAUGCGUCGUCAGACUCCGUCCGUGACCUGUACACUUUCUGGCCCGCACUGGCCCAGUGUGUGUUUCGUUUGGGACGGGACACGGAGCAGUGUGACGUCACUCUGGAGUCCAUGAUCGUGUCCCGUGUCCAUGCAGAGCUCCAUGUGGAAAGAGAAACUGAUGGCUCUGGAGAAGAGAGCUGGAGAGUGCAAGUGAAGGACCGCAGCAGUUAUGGCACGUGGGUAAAUGACUUGCGUCUCCAACAAGGGGUCUUAAAGGAAAUCUUAGAUGGUGACACGCUCACCAUCGGCGGCCAAUCAGGACGGGCGAGUCCAGAGUUCUACUUCCUCUUCCAGAAAGUACGGGUUCGUCCGCUGGACUUCGACGCCAUCACUGUGCCCAAAGCGGGUUCCUUCUCAUCGGACAUAAAGAACCGGAUCAGAACGAGCUCGGACCGUAAACCAGACCCAGCUCUGGAGAUCUCAAAGCUGUCCAUCAACAGAGCCACGGUCAUCCUCAACUCCAUCGGCAGCCUGAGCAAGAUGAACGGCAGCUGCUGGACCUUCAAGAAGAACCAGAAUACAAGCACCUUAAACACGCCAGCGUUCACCGCUCUGGCUCCGCCCACGACUCCGCCUCCUUUCCAGGCCGCUGGAGAGAUUUCAUCCAAGUCUGUCCCGCUGUCCUCAAAGAGCCGACGCAAGUCAGCCCACACGGUUCUGCUGGAGGACGACAGCUCGGACGAUCCCUCGAGCCGCAGAGACCUGGAGGACGGACGCAGGGGACAAGCCAAGAAAAGACGGCGGCUUUACAAGUCAGAGUCAGAGGUGUUUCAGCCCCCUCUGCCCAAACUGGAGCAGAGCUGUCAGUCACAGAUGGACGUGAGCAAACACUCCAGCAGCAGCAUUUACAGUGUGCCCUCCAACCGGCAGUUCAGUCACAUCCUCAACAUCUCGAGUCACACCAAAGGUGACGGCAUCAGUGUGUCGCCCCUCCGCCUGCAGAAGCCCUGCUUGUCUGGUCCUGGACGGAGACCGAGGGCUCACAGCUCGCCCGUGUUCACCACCUUCAGGAUGGGAGGUGAGAAUUAUAACCUGACCUCUCCGUCAGCGAGGAUGAGCAAGAACGAGAAGACCAGGGGAGUGAUCUCUCGCUUUCAGACCUCUACUGGACGUCGACGUGGAAGGCCUAGAAAACACCCGCUGCCACAGCCUUCCCUGCCGCCUCCCUCUUCAUCAUCCUCUUCCAGCUCCUCUUCCUCCUCCUCCUCCUCAUCAUCCUCUGAAGAUGAAGAGGUGGCGGUGGCUCAGGGGGUGGAGCCGUGUGCAGCGGCUCGCUGUCAUCUCCCGCAGCAGGACACUGUGCAGUGGAUCCAGUGUGACGACUGUGACGCCUGGUAUCACCUCGACUGUUUACCACACAACCACAACCGAGCCUCGCUGCUCCUCGACCCCAGCGCAGACUUCCACUGCGGCUGCCACUGAGCGCCGCCUCCGCUUCCUCUGCUGCACAGCUUCUAGUAAACCAAAUGCUCUCAAACAUUGUUCAUAUCACAAUCAGAUGCAGAUAAGUUGCUUCCUGGCAUCUAGAGUGCAAACCUCAGAUGUUUUCUGCAGUGGUGCUAAUUGCUUUGAACUGAUUUGGAUGAAAUGAGGGUGAUGGAUUUGCACAGCAGCUUCAGGAGCAUCCAGACAUGCUGCAUCCCAUUAUAACACCUGAUGCUUUCUGACUGUCUCUGAUAGAUAUGUAUUCAAUAUACGCAACAAUGAAAUCUUCAAUAUGCUGAAAAAUCUAAAUAAGUAUGAAUAUGAAAAUGGGAGUUUAUAUUUUUGGAAGAAUGGAUGAAUUGAGUCUUUGAUCCAGAUAUCGAGGAUGCUUUCGCUGGGUUUGUUAACUAGAUAUAAUAUGCUUUGCCGACAUAUUAGCUGGUGUAUAAUAUGUUAUCAUUGAAUACUGUAUGUUUGCAAAUGGGCAAUAAGGAUCUAUAUAAUAUUCUGUCUUAUUCAAGGGUUUCAUUGGCAUUACUUGGCUUUUUUGUAUUUUCAGAAUCAGAACAUUUAAUAACAGCUUAAAUCUUAAAUCACUCCAAACAUUUCUAUGGUCAUUUUUUAAAGGAAGGGUUCAUACCAAAAAUGAAAGUUUGCUGAAAAUGUACUCAACCUUGAGCUGUUUCUUUAUUAGAAGAGAUUUGGAGAAAUUCAGCAAUUCAUCACUUGUUCACCAAAUGGAUGCUCUGCAGUGAAUGGGUGCCGUCAGAAUGAGAGUCCGAACAGUUGAUAAAAACAUCACAAUAAUCCACUCCGCUCCAGUCUAUCAGAUAAUGACUUGAGAAGUGAAACACUGCUCGUCUGUGAAAAACAAAUCCAUUAUUAACUUUAAACUGUCACUUCUGUCUAAAAUACCAGUUCGUAAUCCAUAAUAACGUUUCCACCAGUGAUAAAGUCCAUCUCCUUUUGUCUGCUCACAUCAAAAUCCACCCACACAUUAGUUUUGAACUAUUUUUGCUUGUAAAUGGUGCUUGAUCUGUGAAGUUUUCUCCCACAAUUUAGACAAUUCAAUAGAUGAUGACUUGUAUUUUAGCUGGAAUAAGUUAAAACAUGUUAUAUUUGUUUCUUCCUAUUACUUGUGAUGUUUUUAUCAGCUGUUUGGACUCUCAUUCUGACGGCACCCAUUCACUUCAGAGGAUAAGCAAGUGAUGUAAUGCUACCUUUUUUCAAACCUGUUCUCAUGAAGAAACAAACUCAUGUACAUCUCAGAUCAAGGUGAUGACAUUUUCAGCAGUUGAACUGUUCCUCUAAGCGUGACGUGGCUUGCACACACACACACACACACACACGUGAUUGUCAGUUGUUUGUUGUAAUGUGGCCUGUGAUUAACUCCAGCUUUGUUUGGGAUCUGGACUAACCCUGUGUAGCGGUAUCUGUCUGUAAGAAUCGAGUCUCUGUGGUAUGAAUGUUAAAAGAUACUUUCACUGUCUUCACUUUAACUCAAUAUUCUAGAAAUGACAAAUGACUCCUGUCGCAAUGUGUGUCUUGUUGGGAAUCAAGGGCUGAAUAAAGAACUCUAUAUUUAAA